GCCCCGGGGCGCCUUCACUACCUGCAUUCCCACCGAGGCCGGCGCGCGCGGCGGCCCGGGUGGGGAACCCGGCCUGCGCCCGGGACCGCGGCGGCGACGAGCGCAGCACCAGCGGCCGGGGCCGGGUGACCGCGCGGCGGGGCAGCGGGUGCGGAGGGUCUGCGGCGGGCAGCGCUGCAGCGGCCUCGGCACCGCCCGCGGGCGCGAGUGUGCGCGGGAGUGGAGGCCGGCGUGGGGGCCACGGGGGGCGUGCGCGCGGGAGGCGGAGCGGGGCUCGCCCCUCGCCGGCGCCUGCCGCCCCGCCGCUGCUCGCUCUCCGGCCGCCGCCAGCACCCCGGGCCCCCACGGCCCUGGCUCCGGGCAGGGAAGGGAGAAAGUGAGACUCGGUGUCAUCAGCAUCCUUUGUCAGGAGGCAGGAAACUGGAAUCCAGCGGCGGCGAGCGGCAGCUGGGCGGUCACAUCUGGGAAUGCAAAGCUGACCCCCUCCCCCUCCCCCGCCGCCUCCUCCCUCACCCAGGAUCACUUCCGAAGCCACUUCGCCUUCAGCCCCUGCCUCGGCCAGAGGGGUGGAUUUCAUGGGGAUGUGUUCAAGGCAAGAGCGAAUUCAGAAGGAUAUCGACGUCGUGAUCCAGAAGUCCAGAGCCGAGAAGGACUGCCUGUUUGCAGAUUUCAGAUACUCCGACUCCACCUUUACCUUCACCUACGUCGGCGGCCCCAAAAGUGUAUCCUAUUCAGUACAUGUGUCUGAAGAUUACCCAGAUAAUACGUAUGUGUCAAGUUCAGAAAAUGAUGAAGAUGUCUUAGUUACUACAGAACCCAUUCCAGUAAUUUUUCAUCGAAUAGCAACAGAAUUAAGAAAAACAAAUGACAUUAACUGUUGCUUAUCCAUAAGAUCCAAAUUGCAGAAGGAAAAUGGGGAGGAGUCCAGGCAGAGCAGCACAGUGGAGGAGGACUCUGAAGGCGAUAAUGACUCUGAAGAAUUCUAUUACGGAGGACAGGUGAACUACGACGGGGAGCUGCACAAGCACCCGCAGCUCGAGGCCGACCUGUCGGCGGUCAGAGAGAUCUACGGGCCACACGCGGUUUCUCUCAGGGAAUAUGGAGCCAUUGACGAUGUAGAUAUCGAUCUGCAUAUUGAUGUUAGCUUUCUUGAUGAGGAGAUCGCGGUGGCUUGGGAAGUGGUUCGAACAGAGCCCAUCAUUGUCCGACUGCACUGUUCACUUACGCAGUAUUUGAAUGGCCCAGUGCCCACUGUUGAUGUCUUUCAGAUUUCCACCAAAGAGCGGUUUGGAUUGGGACAUCAGCUGAAAAAGAUCAUGCAGACGUUCGUCACGCAGCAGUGGAAGCAGAGCAAAGAGAAAUCCAGUUGCCUGCACAGCAAGAAGCUGUCGGAGAAGAAAGCCAAGUCCCCCCUGCAUUUGUUUUCUACCUUGCGCAGGUCGCCGAGUUACCCUCCCCCCGGCUGCGGUAAGAGCAAAUCCAAGCUGAAAGCCGAGCAAGACGGCGUCUCCAAAACGCACAGGCUGCUGGGGAGGACUUGUCCCGGCACCGUCAAGGCGGAGGACGCCUGCGCCCCCAAGGCGCCGCACCGGAGCUUCGGCCGCUCGCUGUCCAGCGACCCCCGGGCGGAGCCGGCGCCGCCCGCCCUCAAGCCGCACAAGCUGCUGGCGCGGCCCUGCCCCGCGGCCGCCAAGCAGGAGGACGGCCUGGCCCUCAAGCCGCACAAACUGCUGACUCGCUCCUGCUCCGGGGACCCGCGCUGCGAGCACGGCGCCACCCUGAAGCCCCACAAACUGCUGAGCAGGUCGUACUCCAGCCACCUGCGCAUGGACGAACUGUACGGGCUGAAAAACCACAAGCUGCUCGGCAAGCCCUCCGCCAGCGCCCCCAAGUCCUCCAAGCCGGAGCUCUGCCCGGAGCCCCCCGCCGCCGCCGCCGAGGGCCGGAGGCUCUCUCUCACCUCAGGGCUUAUUGGUAUCUUGACCCCGUCUUCAUCCUCCUCUUCCCAGCCCGCUGCAAAUGGUGCCAAAUGCAUUCCAGUACGAGAUCGUGGUUUCCUGGUGCAGACCAUCGAGUUUGCGGAGCAGCGGAUCCCCGUGCUGAACGAGUACUGCGUGGUCUGCGACGAGCGCCACGUGUUUCAGAACGGCCCCAUGCUGAGGCCCACCGUGUGUGAGCGCGAGCUGUGCGUGUUCGCCUUCCAGACACUGGGCGUGAUGAACGAAGCCGCCGACGAGAUCGCCACGGGGGCGCAGGUGGUGGACCUGCUGGUGUCCAUGUGCCGGUCUGCGUUGGAGUCGCCGAGAAAAGUUGUCAUUUUCGAGCCGUAUCCCUCUGUGGUCGACCCCAAUGACCCUCAGAUGCUGGCCUUCAACCCCAGGAAGAAGAAUUACGACCGCGUGAUGAAAGCACUGGACAGCAUAACUUCCAUCAGAGAAAUGACGCAAGCGCCGUACCUGGAAAUCAAGAAGCAGAUGGAUAAACAGGACCCCCUUGCUCAUCCCCUGCUGCAGUGGGUCAUUUCGAGUAACAGGUCACACAUCGUGAAACUGCCAGUGAACAGGCAACUGAAGUUCAUGCACACGCCGCAUCAGUUCCUGCUUCUCAGCAGUCCGCCCGCCAAAGAAUCCAACUUCAGAGCUGCUAAGAAACUCUUCGGAAGCACCUUCGCCUUCCAUGGCUCGCACAUCGAGAACUGGCACUCCAUCCUGAGGAACGGCCUGGUGGUUGCCUCCAACACAAGGUUGCAGCUCCACGGCGCCAUGUACGGAAGCGGGAUCUACCUUAGUCCGAUGUCAAGCAUAUCAUUCGGCUACUCAGGGAUGAACAAGAAGCAGAAGGUGUCGGCCAAGGACGAACCGGCCUCUGGCAGUAAAAGCAGCAGCGGAUCCCAGUCACAGAAAAAAGGACAGCAAUCCCAAUUCCUGCAAAGCCGUAACUUGAAAUGCAUAGCCUUAUGUGAAGUGAUCACCUCGCCGGACCUGCACAGACACGGAGAGAUCUGGGUCGUGCCCAACACCGACCACGUCUGCACCCGGUUCUUCUUCGUCUACGAGGACGGCCAGGUGGGGGAUGCGAACAUUAACACGCAAGAAGGGGGCAUACACAGGGAGAUCCUCCGGGUGAUCGGCAACCAGACCGCCACCGGCUAGAGGGCCGCCCCGCGCAUGGUCUGAAGGCCUUCUCGGGUUCAAAGCUGGGUUUUGAACUGAAGAAGAUGACGAAAUAAUUUAUUGUUAUUACGAACAAAAUUAACCCUUUGAAUACUGAUUCUUUUCUUAGUAUUUCUAAGUAUCUCCUUAAAUACCUAAAAAGGUAUACACACUUUAUCAAUUGUAGGGUGAUGGGAUCUCGUCGUAAAAGUUACAGCAGCACUUAAACUGAAGUUUGGGUUGCUCCCACAAUAAACAGAUUGAAAAAACAGUUUCGUGCUGAUAUUUUUAUAUUAAACUCUUAAAUUGGAAAUCUGGAGUUACAAUGUCGACACUUUAGGUCGCCAAAAUAGAAUUGAGAGCGUUUUAUAAUGAUGUCUAAAUCUAUACGAUACUUUGCAAUAAGGAAAAUGUUUGCACAUCCUGAUGUGCUGUACACUGAGUGGUGUAUGAGCAUUCAGAUAUUUUGAGGAGGGAUGUUUCCUAUUCUCCUGUUACUUUUUCUUAUACAAAAACAAUUAGGCUUAGAUGCAGUGCUUUGCCCAAAAGUUUGUAUUCUUCAUAACUGUAGGUUCAUGCAUCAAAACGUGUGCUUGUGCACAUGUGUGUCUACAUGCACGUGUGUGUCUACAUGCACGUGUGUGUCUACAUGCACGUGUGUAUAUGCACAUGUGUGUUUGACAACAGAUGGCGCAGCUCUGCUGUCCUAUCCUCAUUCGGUGAAGAGAAAUCAUAUUCAGUGAGCAGAAGUCUAGCCCUAAACCAAGAUAUAAGCCAAAUUUACCAUUACUGUUCAUGCCCUGAAAAUAUUUGCAGGCAAUUUUUCUAUUUGUUUAAAGAAUGUUUUCUUCAGGAAAACUCAGCUCUUUAAUAAUGUUAUCUAAAAGUCAUAAUUUGGGAAAAUAGAUGCCCCUGGUGGACUCAAUCCAUAUUCAAAUGAGCCCGUGCUUCAUAAGAAGGCUUCAGAACUUAAUUAGUGUGCAUUUUUAUUUCCUACAGCGGAACAUUUUUUUUUUUUAAUUUAUUUAGAGCACACCAGCAUUUUUAUAUUUUUUCAUCCAAUACCUCUGCUUAUUUUUUUCAUAUUGAGAAAGAAGACAAACUUUGACAUUUCUUUUAUAUUAAAAGGACGCAAAAUAAGUUUCCAGAGAACAACGACACCAGCGCCAUCCUCCUCCUUUCAAGGGCCGUGUGCUCCCCAACGUCUCGUUUCUGUUGCUUUGUCUCGCUCGUUACAAGUUUUAAUGGACAGUUUACUUUUUCCACGAGACCUCUCUGGAGCAGGGUCAUUCGCGAGAGCAGUUCAAUGAUCCCGGCUGCCACCCGAGUCGAACCCUGAAUCAAGGCUCCUGUCUGAUUUUCAUUUCCGUAGAAAGAAAAAAAAUAAAAACGUGGCGUCAUCUGCAAGUAAAAUGCUGUAACUUCUGCAUUUAUGUCCUUUGGCAUAUAAACGAUGACAGAAAAGGUCAUACACGGUAUGAAAGGUUGCUAUUUAGGAAGCCUUUACUAAUCAGUUUGUUUUCUGAGAUUGUAAAUAAUCGAUUUCUG